AUGCCUUCGAUCCGCCUCUUCCCCGGGCCCUCGAGUCUCCGCGCGAUCCGCAAGGCAGCCCUCACAAGGCCAGCAGCGCCCCGACCAUCACCAUCACAGUCGCAGUCACAGACACGGCCACCAUCCCUCCUCGCCGCGCGUCCCUACUCUUCAGCCUUCCAACAGGGCCCCUCGCCCCCGCGCCUGCCCCCAGACCAGCAGGCCGAGUUCGAGCGCCUCCAGCGCGCCGUGGCCGACCGCCUCGCGGACCCGACGCCCCUGCCGCACGAGCAGCAGCAGCCCUCCGUAUCGCCGGCCUCGACGCCACGGCACACGACCACGCCGGACGGGACAGCUGCGGCAGCUGCAACGGCGGCGACACCAUCACCAUCAUCACCGUCAGCCGACGAGCCCACCACAGGCGGCGUGUGGCGCGGCGCGCCCCCGGAGUUCGACGGCGAGAGGAACCCCAAGACGGGCGAGGUCGGCGGGCCAAAGACCGAGCCGCUGCGGUGGGGCAGCGCAGGCGACUGGAGCUACAACGGCCGCGUGACCGACUUCUGA